CCCUCUUGUCAUUAUUUGACUCCGUGAUUUCCUUACCUUCUAAGCAAACGAACUUCCAAUUGUCCAUUAAUAUACGUGUUUUCGUCUGAUUAUCUUUCAGCAUAUCUCAAUUAUCUUCGCGCCGUGGGUCAAUGUCAGCUGUCUCACCCCUAUUUCUAUGCUAAUGCAUCAACAAAACAUUCAGCAGUCAUUGCUUCCAGAGGGAGAUAAAAAUGAAGCAGAAGAAACAGAGAGCCGAAGAUGGAGUUCUGAUCAAUAUUUGGGAAGUACAAGUUCUGUAAUUCCUACUGCAUCGUUAGCUGGAGCUCAACUCAGCCUGGAGAAAAUUCGAACCCGAUCCCUGUAUUCGGACCAACACUACCCGCCUUCUCUCCAUGCGCCGUUAAUCACUUCGCCGGAACCCCAAUUUUACCCUGCUAUCCUUGGGCAAGCUAUUGAGCAAAAGAGUGGAUACGGAAGAGAUUUAAGUAGUGAUGUCAGUGCGUUUCAAAGACAAGUAUUGGAUGAAGUAGAGAUAAGAGAGUUGCUUAUUGAUCAUGUUGGUCAUCAUUGUUGCUGGGGAAGUCGUCCUGCCCGAACAUGGAAGAUAGAGAUGUUGGAGGACUGUAAUGUAUACGUAGGGACUUUGGAUACUUUUACAGAAGAGAGGGAAGUCAUUAAGGAACAUAUCCCCUACCAUGGCGGCAAUGUCGACAGGAAGGGUAGUGUCCCUGAGCUUGGGGUCUGGGAAUUGGAUCUGAGGUCUCAGUUCCCUGUUCUGUUCACACCCGAAAAGGAAACAAGAAUCAAAGUUCCACAUUCAGAAGCCAUUGAGAAGUGCCCAGGUUGUGAUGGUCGAGGGGAUACUCCAUGUCCGACAUGCAAUGCAGAUCAAGAACCUGGUUAUUACAAAGAAAAUCAGAUGACUCCAUGCACUUCCUGUUAUGGAAGGGGUUUAAUUGCUCAUACAGAUGGUUCUGACACAAUUUGCAUGCAGUGCAAUGGUAAGGGGAAGAUUCCUUGUGCUACUUGCAGCUCUUGUGGAUUGAUAAAAUGCAUUGCAUGCCAAGGUAGCGGCUCUCUUCUUUCUCGAAGUAUUGCAAUCAUCAAAUGGAAGACAUUUUCAACUAGAAAAGUCAGUGCAACCAGAGCAGCCUUUGUUCCCGAUGAUGUCUUCCACAGAGCUCAAGGAGUGCAGCUAUGCAAUAUGCAAGCUUAUCAGUGUACUCCGGCCUUCUUUACCGAUUCCUACUUUCUAAACAAAUUCUCUUCUGAAGUUAUUGCUGAUAGAGCUCCUGUUCAGCCAACUGCAAGGGUCAUCUGUGAGCGGCAUACUAUAUCUGUUGUACCAGUGACACGGAUCACCAUGUCUCAUUCUAGUCGCUCCUUCCAUUUCUAUAUAAUAGGUUUUAGCAGAGAGGUUUAUAUGAAGGAUCCCUAUCCUGCUCAAUUUUGCUGGGGCCUAUGCUCAUGCUUGGAGUGGCUCAACUUAUAGUUGGAUUUAUCACACUUGUGUGAAUUUGAACUUAAAUCUUAUUACCUUUUGUCCGAAAGGUUGUUAGUGCGACUAGGAGGAUGUUUCUGUGUCUCAUUAAUUCGUGCAAGUCAUUAUGAUUUCCCUGCUGUACGUUCUAUCUCGCACUAAUUCUUUAUUAGAGAUGUGGUAUUUUGUACCUGUAAUAAAGUGAAAUUUAGUUUUUGGACCCGUGCAUAUUGCACGGGAAGGUUUUUGUUUAAUAAGAAUGGUGGUAUACAAACUUUAUUGAAUAAUAUGAAUAGUUAAUAGUUA